CAAGAACAAGAACCAGCUUAGUCAUUAAAUAAUUAAGACAAAAAAUGUUCAAGCUACUUGCUGAUCAUAUAAAAUUAAUAUCAGUUAGCACUUGAAACUUGUAAGAGAAAGGUUUAAAGAAAGUUAGAGGAACUAAUUGUGUUUGAAAAGAAAAGUGUGAUAAAGAUGGAAUCUCAAUCCCAACAGCUGAAUGUAAUUUUUGUUCCAUAUCCAACUCCUGGCCAUAUGAUUCCAAUGAUAGACACAGCAAGACUAUUUGCAAAGCAUGGUGCUAAUGUUACAAUCAUCACAACACAUGCCAAUGCUUCAACAUUCCAAAAAUCCAUAGACAGUGACUUCAAUUCAGGACAUCCCAUCAAAACUCAGCUUAUUCAGUUCCCUUCAGCUCAACUAGGUCUCCCUGAAGGAGUUGAAAACAUCAAAUCCGGCACCUCCCAAGAAAUGCUGGGAAAAAUCAGUCAGGGAAUUUCAAUGCUCCAAGAUCAAAUUGAGAUUGUGUUACAAGAUCAGCAACCAGAUUGUAUAGUCUCAGACAUGUUUUACCCUUGGACAGUGGAAUCAGCUGCAAAACUAGGCAUUCCAAGACUUUACUAUUACAGCUCAAGCUACUUCUCAAGUUGUUCUGCUCAUUUUAUCAGAAAGUAUAAGCCUCAUGAGAAUUUAGUUUCUGAUACUCAAUUUUUUUCGAUUCCUAGCCUUCCACAUAACAUUGAGAUUACCUCUCUGCAGCUAGAAGAAUGGUUGAGGACUAGAAAUGAAUUCUCGGAUUAUUUGAAUGUAAUAUAUGAAUCAGAGGGAAGAAGCUAUGGAACACUGUACAAUAGCUUUCAUGAGCUUGAAAGUGAUUAUGAGCAACUUUACAAGAGCACAAUGGGGAUCAAAGCAUGGAGUGUAGGACCAGUUUCAACAUGGGUUAACAAAGAUGAUGUUGAAAAGGCCAGAAGGGGACACAGUAAAGACCUUGCAGUAGAAUCAGAAUUGCUAAAUUGGCUUAACUCAAAGGAAAAUGAGUCUGUUUUGUAUGUAAGUUUUGGAAGCCUUACUAGGCUUUCUCAUGCACAAAUUGUUGAACUAGCUUAUGGACUUGAAAAUUCAAGUCAAAGUUUCAUUUGGGUCAUUAGGAAAAAGGAUAAAGAUGAGGAUGGAGAAGGUUUCUUGGAAGAUUUUGAGGAAAGGAUGAAAGAAAGCAAGAAAGGGUACAUCAUAUGGAACUGGGCACCACAAGUUUUGUUAUUGGAUCACCCUGCAACUGGAGGCAUUGUGACUCACUGUGGUUGGAACUCAAUCCUUGAAAGCUUGAGUGCUGGUUUGUCAAUGAUCACAUGGCCAAUGUUUGCUGAGCAAUUUUACAAUGAGAAGUUGCUUGUUGAUGUCUCGAAAAUUGGAGUCCCUGUUGGGUCAAAAGUAAACAAAUUUUGGGCUAGUGUAGGUGAAGAUGCAGUAGUGAAAAGGGAAGAGAUUGCAAAGGCUGUGGCACUGUUGAUGGGAAGUGAAGAAGAGAGCAUAGAAAUGAGGAGGAGAGCAAGAAAAAUUGGUGAUGCAGCCAAGAAGAGUAUAGAGGAAGGUGGAUCCUCAUACAACAAUUUGAUGCAGUUAAUAGAUGAGCUAAAAUCAUUGAAGAUAUCAAGAGGCCUUGAGAAAACAAAUUAAAUAAAUGAAAUGGAGGAACAAUAGUGGUUUUUCAGGAUGUGGAGCCUAUCAUUGUAACAAAAAAUAAGGCACAUUGUCAAAGUAUUUUCUCUUUGAUAUGAAUUUUCAGAAUGCUAGCUCAUAGUCUAUGUUAAAUGUAGAACAUGCCAUUGCUUACCCCUUUGAUUAUAUAAAUGAGUUUAUUUUUUAGUAUUUGAAUAAGAAGUCAUUAACACGUUAUUCAUUUUAUGUAAAAUUACUCUAUGGAGUUCAUUUUAUAUAAUAUUCCUGCCAACACAAAUCAUGGAUAUCAGACAUCAAAUCAAAUCAUAGAUAUCAGACAUGACACUACUACAUAUAUAGAUUCAGAUACUAAACAUGAAACUGUGUAACAGAAAAAUCAAAGUAAUUAAAUGUAAUUGGAUUUAUUGCACUAAGUGAGUUCAUGCACUUACACAU